UCUGCAUAGGACGCAUCCGCCACUUCUUCCGCAUUUCCUCAAACACUUCGCGCGCCGCCGCCGCCGCCGCCACUCUCCGGCGUCGUCUACUCGGCUCCGUCCCCCCGCCAGGAAGCAGACCACCACCCCAAUCCCUCUCGUCCUUCAGAGAUGCAGAAGGUUCGUCUCAAAUGGGUGAAGAACCGGGGCCUGGACCACCUGAUCGAGCGCACCACCUCCAUCCGCGCGUCCUGCCUGCUGCUCGACCACCUCUCGCGCCUCCCCGGCUCCUCCCCCGUGCCGGCGCGCUCCCUCGCUCGCCUCCAGAAGCCGCUUGGCCUCACGGUGCCUGUGCUUCGCUUCCUUCGCCGCCAUCCCACGCUCUUCUCCGAGCAACCGCACCCUCGGUUCCCCACGCUGCCCUCCUUCUCCCUCACGUCCGCGUCACACACCCUCCUGGCCCGCCUCGCCGAUGCCUCUGCGCACGACGCGCACCUCCGCCUCGCGCGCCUCCUCCUCCUCACCCGCUCCAGGUCGCUCCCGCUCGCCUCCGUGCUCCCGCUCCGCUUCGACCUCGGCCUGCCGUUCAACUUCGCCGCCGCGUUUCCGGCCUCCCACCCCGGUGUCUUCGCCGUCGCCAACAACCGCAUCUCCCUACGGUCCGCCUCCGGCCUACCCGAAGACAUCGCCGUCUCCUCCCUCCAACGCCGUCACGCCGCGGCAAUCGACUCCGCGACCUACCGCGCGCUGUCCCGGCCGCCGUCCUCUUCGAGCGCUCCGCUCGCGUUCCCGAUGCGAUUCCCGCGGGGGUACGGCGGGAUGAAGAAGGUCAAGGCCUGGAUGGAUGAGUUCCACCGCCUUCCCUACAUCUCGCCGUACGACGACGCGUCAGGGGUCGACCCUGAGAGCGACAUUUACGAGAAGAGGAACAUCGGCUUGCUACAUGAGCUGCUCGGGCUAACGGUGCACAAGAUGGUGCGGAGGAACGCCAUCCGGCUUCUUCGGGAGGAGCUGGGCCUGCCACACAGGUUCACUAGGCUGUUCACGCGGUACCCUGGGGUGUUCUACCUGUCGUUGAAGUGCAAGACAACGACUGUGGUGCUUCGUGAGGGGUACGAGAGAGGGAAGCUCGUGGAGCACCAUCCCCUGGCUGCUGUGAGGGACAAGGUGCAUUAUGUGAUGCGCACUGGAGUGCUGUACCGCGGAAAGGGUUUGUCCAAGCUUGUUCUGGAUGAGGAUGGCACUGAGGAAGAGGGUGCACUGAAUGAGGAGGAAUUUGAAGGGGAGGGAAUGGACGAGGAUGCUGAUGUUGAGUGCUUCGGAAUGGAGAUUGUGGAUGACGAUGGGCCUGUUGGUGAUGUGGAUGAUGAAGGUGAUAGUGAUGGCUGACAUGGAUUGACGAUUCUUGCCUUCUUGAUUUAUGUUUUGCAAUUGUGUCUUCAGUCAUGAGUUACAGUGACUGUGGGUUUGAUUCAACUUAUUAGUGGCUCCAAAUGAGAAGUUCAGCAAGUUAUUGUAGAUUGUAUCAUGCUCUGUUAAUACUUUGAUAUAUGCUACAUUCAUCUGCUUAAGAAGUAGCAAGCUAAAUUUAAUAUGUAGCUCUUGGUUGGAGAGUUAGAGCAUUGUUUAUGGUUCUGUAUAUAGCAUGGGGGCCCAAUACUUCUAUAUAUCAAUUUUUAUGAAAUUUGAGGUACACACAAAAUCGAAUGGGAAAUAUCUCAGCCUUUUUUUAUUAGCUAAAGUGCAGUCUCUUAUAAUAAGGUAAUUUUCAUUGCCAAUUGUCUUGCUACCAUUCUAGAGAUUGCAUUUGUUUCAUAAGUUUAUGCUUUACAGGAUUUUUCUGAUAUUCCAUAGGAUAAAACCUUUAAUUCUGUAGAUGACUCUUAGUUGCCAUCUAGUGCUUGAGUUACCUUCACCUUUAAUCAUUUAUUGGGGUGUUCAGCCAGAAAUAGCUGAAUCCAAAAUAUAAGGAAGUGUAAUUCUGACCUGUAUCAUCAAAAGAUUCUCAUAUCACUGUACCCCUGGCUUAUGGGGCUUAUGUGUUGGAGUUUUUGGGAGAUGCUUAACCUUCGUUACAAAGACACCAUGUAUCUAGGUAAAUAGAAGUCUUCAUGUUAUUUUUCUAGCUUCACCCCUGUUUAUUUAAGCAUGCCGCCACAGCUUGUUCACUUCAGUGUUUAAAUCAAGUCAAGCACACAUUUUGGCGUUAGAUGUUCUCUCCAAGGUGACAAAUCGGUUGGUGAAAAGUUGGGGCAAGAUUGGAGAUAAACUGCUCUUUUAACUUCUAGAUGUCAUUUGGGAAAAAGAUAUUUGGAUCAUUUCAGGUAAUUGAAAAGGCCUCACUGUCCUAACCUCUAUAUAGGCUCUGAGCCUCUCACAGUCUCACCAAUGAUGGUCAUGGGUGUGGUAAUUCGCAAAAUUGCUGACCAUUGGUCCUCACAUCAUUCCAGCUAACUAUCAUGUUGUUGACUCAGGAACCCUUGCAAUCCUCAUAGCGAUUUUUGGAAGACAGUGGAAUCAAAUUUGUGAUGUGCACAUAUUGAAUUUCGUGUUCUACGGUUCUCUGAUUUCAUUUGUGCCCUUUCUGAUUUUAAAUUGCGCCGGUCACGUUCUUUUAGUAACAUUAAGUAUGAAAUACCAACAGUUUUACUCUACGUUCGACCUAAUGUUGGAUGCCAGCCUCUUUUGAAAAAUCCUGGAAAGUGUCUCACUGUUCAGACUUCCAAGUCACUUGCAUGUGCAGCUAGAAAACCAUGUGAAUAUGCUCUUGUGCCUCAAAUCAAUGCAGUUGAUUUUGUUCUGCAAGCCUGUAAUAGACUUAACUUUACAAACUGCAAUAUGUGUGAUUAACCAGGAAAAACAGCUUAUCAGCACCUUUUCUUCAUUAAACCAAAAUCUGUUGGUACUCUGUUUUAAUGCAUGUGUAUACUUGUAUAUGCCUUUCUUGAGUUCAUACAUUUUGAAAAAAAAGCACAGACAGGGGCGGAGGGAGGGGUCAAAACCUCCCUAUGCUAGGUUUACCCCUCUUACAUGAUAUCAUUCUGUUGAACCUAGUGCGGCUGUCCAUGAUUUAUGGUAUUAUUUAUCUUAGCAAUCCAUUUGUAAUAUACAAUUUACUACUUAUUUGAACCACGGUGCACAGGUGGUGAUUGGUGAAGUUCAUUUGAUUAUUAGCUGGUGCACCAGGAUUUUAAACAGCAGCUACUUUUCACAAAGAACCUUCUCUAUGAAGUUUCAUUGUUUGUGCUACUGCUUGUCUCCUAAGAUGACAGGUUAUGUGGUUUGCAUACCGUCUUAUUCCUUCUUUUGCUCAUAUUUACUUAUGCAGACCAACUAUGUUGCAGGAUUCGUUUCUGGAGGGAUUACAGAUUACUAUCAUGGUAGAAGUAGCAGCACACACCAUCUUUGAGGUGCAGGUGUGCAGGGGGUGCUUGGAAACUGCCACUGGAAAUCUGAUUGCAGAAUUGGGCAGUGUGGAGGCAUGACUGCAUGAGAAUCCUAUACGAGCAUGAUACCUGCUAAUUGCAUGCACACACAGUGGGUUGUUACCCAGGAUUUCAGGUCAGUGAUUUGUUUCUGGUCGUCUUGGAUGUUUCUCCCUUCUUUUUCCUGCCCGUUCUUGUUUUUGACUUGUCUCCGCCGGCAGUAUGUCAGAUCUAGUUCAAAUCAGGGCACUCGUCACCUCAGCUUACCUCUAAAUGCAGUCCCAAUUAUAUUUAUGAUUCUGUACUGUAAGUGGCUGCAGACUCGGCAUCUCAUGUCAUUGUGGAUGAGCUAGUGGGUUUAUUGCCGUCACCUGGCUGGAUUAUUUGGCUUAUCACAGGGGUCUGGAAGCAGUUUUCGUUGGUCCACUGACAAAAAAUAGAUUUCUGCAAAUUGGAGCUGGCUGUUUUCUCUGCAAACAACUUGAUUACGACUUUUUUGGUGGAGAUGAAGGUCGGAUUAUUAAUAAUCACUUUGGUGUUUGGCACGGCUAUGGCUUUGCUAAAACGGCUCCGGCUUCUUUACUUUUUAUUUAAAAACGGGUUUUUCAGAAAAACAUUUGGCAGGGCUCAUAAGGAAUCGGAGCCGAAAAGAAGCUUUGUCAAACAGGCCAUUAGAAGCAACAAGUGGAUUCAGUUGACGAGUUAUCAUGCCACUUUUCAUGUGCUUUAACAGAUAAUCGUUUCAUAAUCUUGGUUAAAUAAA